AUGUCCCAUUUAAUCGGAUACAACUUAGGCGCUCUUCAUCAAGCAAGCCAAGAGUUGAACAGAAAGAUAGACUCUUCAUACUACAUGUCAGCACCCACAGUAGACCAGAACCCAAUAAUUCCCAAGCCAAGCACCUUCGACGAUCUUGACGAUUUGCACCGCAACUACCUACCCACUCCAGCACAAUGCGCAGUUCAUCUGGAACUAAUCGAGGUCUUUCAUGCACUGCGGAUCAGAGUGUUGGACUCCAAGUCAUUGGACAAGGCAUUCGGCUUGGGAACAGCUACUAAGAAGGUCUACCGGCGUAGAUACGUCAAGGCUUUGAAGAAGUGGGUGAAUGAAGAGAUCACGUUGAGAGAUCUUGAGUGGGAGAGAAACCAGGAUAAGAAGUGGACGUUCUACCUUGGUGAAGCUGUGCAGAGAUUUAGGGUGUGGGCUGAAGAAUAUGAUGCUUCGCUGGCCGACGAUGGCCAAGGAGAGAUACUCAUGACCGAUCAUUCAUCUCUGCCUCCUGUAGAUAUUCUCAUGGUCUGGCAUGCUUUCUUGCUCAACCCUGCCGACUUUCUGGAGUACUGUCAAUCCUUCUCCCUGAAGCACCUCCCCAGGGUGAAUUUUCCAUGGAAACUAAUUCACGAAGCCAUUUCUUCCCAGGGUCCCAUCCGCGACACCUGGAAAUAUUACUCAAACAACUGGAAGGGUAAAGAAGGAGAUGGCGUGUACUGGGAUGUUCUUCUCGAUUCAAUCAUCAAGAGAGGACAAACAACGACGCUGAGCAUCAAAAAGGUCUUUCGUCCAGCCAUAGUCGGCAAACUCGUUGAUAACGUCGAACGCCAGCGUGUCUUUGUCGAUAAGAUGAAUGAACAUCUCUGGAUCCGAAGUCCAGCUCUGCAAGGAACUAUGCAGAGGGCCGUCGAGCGCUACGAGAACUAUCUCGAGCUCUUCAAGCUGUAUCCUGGCAAGAUGCUCGUGCCGACGCUGGACAUCGACCUAGUCUGGCACACUAGCCAGCUUUCGCCCGCAGCGUACAAGACUUGUAUGGAAGUACGCUGUGGCCGCUUCAUCAACCACGACGAUAAGAUUGGAAAGUCUAAACUGGCUGUUGGCAAUGAUGAAACGCAGACUCUCUAUCGUAUCCGUUUUGGGUUGGAGUACUCUGUUUGCCUUUGCUGGGAAUGCCAGACUAUCACGUCUGCUGUGGAAGACUCGGAUAAGGAUGAUUAUCUUGUGGAAUCACGAGGUGACUCUUUUGCCGAAGAUCUCACCAGGCAAGUAAUGGCAGACAUAGAAUAUUAUCGUGCGGUAGAAUCAGCGAGGAGGAGAAAUCAUGUCAAAUUACCUAUUCGUGAUAAACACCUUCAGACAGCAUAA